CUCUGCGCCACCGUUCAUGAACAAUGGAGGAAAUCUAUAUCAAUCUUAAGCCUGUCAAAACUAUUCAGUCAAGAUCUGCUUUAAAUGAGAGAGGUCCAAGGAGCUCACAGAGAUUUCCUGCAGGUUUAAUUCUCUGCCUGGGCCUACUGAGUUUUUUCUUGCUGGCAGGGCUCAUCAUUGUCAGCACCCUUUAUUUUUACUCCACACAGUGUUCAGCUGCUAGUCAAAAUGUUUCUUCCCUGAUCAACAAAGAAGACAUGCUGAACGCCAGUCUCACUGAAAGAGAGAGAACAUGCCCUCCAGGAUGGAUGAUGUCCAAUCAUACCUGUUAUUUUUUCUCUUAUGGGACUGGUUCCUGGGAAAAGGGCAGACAGGACUGCACAAACAGAGAGGCUGAUCUUGCCAUAAUAAACAGUGUUAAUGAACAGAUGCUCCUCUCUGACUUCAUUGAGGAAGAUACCCACAUUUGGAUUGGUGUGACUGACAGAGAAGAAGAAGGCAAAUGGAAAUGGAUCGACGGAGCUCAACUGUCUGAAAGGUAA